ACACUGUUUGGUGCGCGCGCACGGGAUGCUUCGACCCACUCGAUGGUUUUGUUUUUUUCUCCUUCAACCCGUCCGCUCAGCAGCUGAAGGCAUACCGCAGAAAUGUCGGGUGACAAACGGAUUCUAAACUAGACGUGAUAACAGAUAUUAAAGAAAACACGCAGCCGUUUUGGUUUACUCCGUAAAGGGAGAGGGGGGGGGAAGAAAAAUAACAACAACAACAACAAUCGGCUCCGGUUAACGCCGCAGCGCGAGAGACUAAGAUCUGCUCCACUCAUGAUGUCAUCGUAUUAUCAUCCGGGGAAGGAGGCGGACAUGGCGGAACCGCUCUGCCUGGAGAGAGACGUAUGCAGGGUGAUCGAGUUGCUGGACCGGCUGCAGAGGAGCGGCGAGCUGCCUCCCUCCAAACUGCAGGCGCUGCAGAGGGUGCUUCAGAGCAAAUUCUGUGCUGCCAUCAGAGAGGUGUAUGAACAGCUCUAUGACACGCUGGAUAUCGUGGGCGGACCCGAGGUGCGAGCUCAGGCAACCGCUAAAGCGACGGUAGCUGCGUUUGCGGCGAGCGAGGGCCACGCCCACCCACGUGUCGUGGAGCUUCCCAAGACGGACGAAGGGCUGGGCUUCAACAUCAUGGGGGGAAAGGAGCAGAACUCUCCUAUCUACAUCUCCAGGGUGAUUCCAGGGGGCGUGGCCGACCGACAGGGCGGAUUGAAGAGGGGCGACCAGCUGCUUUCCGUCAACGGAGUGAGCGUAGAGGGUGAGCACCACGAGAAGGCUGUGGAGCUGCUGAAGGCGGCGCAGGGUUCAGUGAAGCUGGUGGUGCGCUACACCCCGAAGGUCCUCGAGGAGAUGGAGGCCCGGUUCGAGAAGCUGCGCAGCGCCCGGCGACGCCAGCAGCACACCAGCCACUCAUCUUUAGAGUCUCGGGGUUAACCAAUCCCAACCUCCGGUUAACCUGUUGACCACGCCCAUUCCUCGAUCGUCCAAUGGGAAGACGGAAGACUAGCACUGCUGAGGAGAUGAGCGAAGAAGACUCGCUUUAGAUACAUGUAUGUUAGUGGAACAUUCCUGAAACAGUAGACCUCAAAUAUACUCUUUAUGCCAUCCAUCUGUAGAGACUGAACAGAGUGUCCAGUUUAAUGUUUUUAUUUGUGUGUGUGUGUGUGUGUGUGUGUGUGUGUGUGUGUGUGCGUGUGUGUGUGUGUAAAAACUGUUCAGUAAUGUAAUUAAAGAGAAACAGAGACCAACUAUAGCAAAAAAGAGCAUAUUUACAGAUCAGAAGCUUGCAGUCAUGCUCCUCCAAGGGCUGUGUCUGUGUGUGUGUGUGUGUGUGUGUGUGUGUGUGUGUGUGUGUGUGUGUGUGUGCGCGUGUGCAGAGUGGUCCAUCUCUGUACAGGACAUUAUGCUGCAUUACAAGCGUAGAUGACCAUUAUGGGGUAAAAGCUCUUCCUGACCUCACACUGCUCCAACCUUUACAGCUUUUCCUCGACACCACACGCCCAAAGAGUUUGUCUUAAUUCUCUGAUGAAGGAGCUCUGUGUCUGGAUUUGAGUGUGCGUGUGUGUGGAAACAUUUAGUGUUUGAGUUACAAGUGGAUCUCUGUUGACAUUUUUGUCAGACCUCGUGCAUUACACCGCUGUUCUGUGUGGAUUUGAGCUGCUAGUCAUGCCCGUUUACAUUUUCGUGACCUCUUAUUUAAUUAAUUUAUUCAUUCAUUCCUACAAUAAAAUCAUCAAUGUUAUCGAA